AUGCAAAACAACGGUAUUCCAAGAGUGUCAACACUACCAUCAAAACCGGAACUAAGAGAAGAUUUGCAGAUAUCACGUAAGAUUUCCAUGAACGACACCAUGAGGACCCCUCAAAUGAUCAUUGGCGACGGUUCCGUUUUGAAGAUGGAUCAACUUUUGACCUUAGAUUUCGAUGAUCAUCAAUCAAAUGCUUUACUAUUUAUAACAUCUCACCCGUCUAAAUGCGAUGAGUGCGAACAACGACCUGGUCAAGUGACCUGUAAUGAUUGCGGUCUAGUCUAUUGUGCCGAAUGUGACACUCAUAGACACCGUAAAGGGAAACUGCAAUUGCAUCAGCGAAAGACACUAGCACAAAAGCAAAUUGAAAGUCCAGAACUUGAAGAACUUGAGGAGGAACGGGAAAAUUGUAUUGCCAAGUGGAAAACCUGUGACGUGUGUGACUGGCUACAAGCUCACGACUUGGAUUUGUUUGUGAAAGAAGCACAACGACAAGGACUUACUGGAGAAAGUCUAUUGGCUUCAAAUGGACUAGACAAGCUCUUGGAUGCUUUAACGGGUGUCAGUCGUGGGCACAAGAAAAAGUUGCAGAGAGAAGUUUACAAGUUUCAGAAUUCAAUCGAACGCUCGUUAACUUUUGAGGACGAAGUAUUACCUGAACCUGCACCUUCACCACCGAUAGAUCCAGAUAAGAGUUCAAUGCAACGUGUCAAACUUGAUAUCCGCGGUGCUGUUGAGUCAAUGGUAACGUUACCAGCUCGGCAACUUGCGCCAGAAUUGAAUCCGUUAGGAUUUAGCCCAUUGAAGAUUGACUUGGAUGAAGAUGAUCGUGUAGCAAGUAUAGCUCCCAAGCGGAGCAGAGGUGGGAGACAGACUUUACGUGCGCUAGAACUGGAUAUUGCACAGGUAAAAAAGGAGGAGAAGACAGUAGCUGCGUCUUUUGAUUUCUCGGCAACAGGAAGACUGCAGACCCAAGGUUUUGAGAUUAAUCAGUGCGAAGCACAUGAAAAGAAGUCUGCAUCAACGGCAAAUACAGUCAGUACGAAAGACUACUUGCUGCUGCUUGAGGAACUUGGCCAUGGAGCUGGUGGAAAAGUGUACAAGGCGCUGUAUAUGCCAACGUUCAUGUUGGUUGCUGUAAAGGUCAUUCGUGUCUACGACCAGAAGAAGCGUCAUCAAAUGGUGCGUGAACUCAAGUCAUUAUACGUGAAUUUUGUGCCGCUGGCUACUGCCACUUUGCCGUCUACUUUUGCUGCAACAUCAUCCGUUGCACAAGCAGCAUGCAAAGAGCUUGUAGUCUUUUACGACGCGUACACAAAUCCUGAGGUUGGUUCCGUAUCGAUUGUUUUGGAGUACAUGGAUGGAGGUUCUCUGGAAGAUUAUGUACAGUCUGUUACCGAAGGCGAUGAAGAGAACGCGGGUUGCUUGUCCGAAGAGAAGAUUGCGAAUAUUGCGAUGUGCGGAUUGAAAGGUCUUGCUUUCUUGCAUGAGCAUCACCAGCUACAUCGAGAUAUCAAGCUUAGCAACAUGCUGAUAAACCACCAAGGUCAAGUCAAGAUAUCGGAUUUCGGUAUUUCACGCGACCUCGAGAGUACUUUGGCCAAGGCAACGACAUUCACGGGCACACUUUUGUACAUGGCACCUGAAAGAAUCAGUGGGGGUAUGUACUCGUAUCCUUCCGACCUCUGGUCUUUUGGGCUAGCAAUCAUGGCUUGUGUUAUCGGAAAGCUUCCUGUCCCGACCAGCGACGGCUACUGGGGUGUGGUUCACGCUGUGCAAGAGCAACCUUCACCGCGGCUUCAGGACUAUGGCGACCACUUUUCCCCGGAGUUGUGCGAUUUUCUCGACCAGUGCUUGCACAAAAACCCGCUAUAUCGACCUCCUGCUGCUACCCUCCUUGAGCAUCCGUUCAUUAAGAAGAAUUACUUGCCAAGCGAGCAAGCAACCGUUGAUUUGAGUCGAGGCCGACAGCCUCUAACAACAAAGCUACUUGAGCGCAGUCGCAAAGACAUGAUAAGCAUUGCCGUGAAGGCUCAAAGCUGGUGUCGAGACCAUGUCAAUGCUUUUCGACGACUUUCGUACAUCAAUGAGGGAACGGAGGUACAAAGCACUUCCAGCCGGAGCAAGAUCGAGGCUUUAGCCAAACAGCUGCGCCUACCAGUCGACGAAGUGGCGCCGCACUUUACGUUCCUAGAUGAGUAUUGCAAAUGA